ACAGACAGUGAUACUGUGGUUGUGAUGAUGCUGGACAUGGAUCACAGGUUGAUGGCGCUCCUGGUGUUGUUCUGGAUCUCAGAAUCUGUCAGGUUGGUGGGAGGGUCCAGCCGCUGCACUGGAACACUGGAGCUGAAAGGUGAGGAUGAGUGGAGACCAGUGUACAGCGAGCAGUGGGCCUUGAAGGACGCAGCAGACUCUGUCAGGCUGGUGGAUGGGACCGGUCUGUGUUCAGGCAGACUGGAGGUGAAGUCUAACCAGUCUAACCAGUCUAACCAGAGGUGGUCCUCAGUGUGUGAAGCUGACUUUGACCAGCAGGAUGCAGAGGUGGUCUGCAGGGAGCUUGGCUGUGGGGCUCCUUCAGUCCUCCAGGGGGCGCUCUAUGGAGAAGUGGAGGCUCCAGUGUGGACCAAAGAGUUCCAGUGUGGAGGCCAUGAGUCUGCUCUCCUGGACUGUAGAAGCUCAGGCUCAGAUAGAAACACCUGCUCACCUGGCAAAGCUGUUGGACUCACCUGCUCAGAGCCUGUCAGGUUGGUGGGAGGAUCCAGUCGCUGUGCAGGAACACUGGAGGUGAAACACCAGAAGGAGUGGAGACCAGUAUAUGGUGAUCACUGGACCCUAAAGGGAGCAAUUGCAGUCUGUAGAGAACUGGACUGUGGCUCUGCUGUUUCAGUAAAAGAGAAAGAGACUUCACUCAGACUCUAUGUGUGGCGUGUCAGUGAAUACUGUGUUAAGUCCGUAUAUGUUCUGAAGGACUGUGUAAGACCUGGUGUCUCCUCUAACAUCCUAGAGAUCACCUGCUCAGACUCUGUCAGGCUGGUGAAUGGGACCAGUCUGUGCUCAGGCAGACUGGAGGUGAAGUCUAACCAGUCUAACCAGUCUAACCAGAGGUGGUCCUCAGUGUGUGAAGCUGACUUUGACCAGCAGGAUGCAGAGGUGGUCUGCAGGGAGCUUGGCUGUGGGGCUCCUUCAGUCCUCCAGGGGGCGCUCUAUGGAGAAGUGGAGGCUCCAGUGUGGACCAAAGAGUUCCAGUGUGGAGGCCAUGAGUCUGCUCUCCUGGACUGUAGAAGCUCAGGCUCAGAUAGAAACACCUGCUCACCUGGCAAAGCUGUUGGACUCACCUGCUCAGAGCCUGUCAGGUUGGUGGGAGGAUCCAGUCGCUGUGCAGGAACACUGGAGGUGAAACACCAGAAUGAGUGGAGACCAGUAUAUGAUACGUAUAAGGAGUGGACCCUGAAGGAAGCAGCUGUAUUCUGCAGAGAACUGAACUGUGGCUCAGCUGUUUCUAUGGGAUGGAGAAAUGAGUCCUCAGACAGACCUGUAUGGAUGAUGAACUCUGGAUGUGUUGGCUCUGGAUAUGCUCUGAGGGACUGUGUAAUACCACAGUUCAGUUUCUAUUUUGGGGUGCUCACCUGCUCAGUGUGA